GUUGGCUAUUGAAGAAGCAAUACACUUCUUUAAUUUAUUGCUGCUAGCAGUAUAGUGAAAUGUCUAUCCAGAAGAAACUUCCGGAGAUGGUUGAGUCACAAGGCCGAUUAUUGGGUAGCAGCGAGCACAACUGGUGCCUGGCCGUGCCCGGUGGCACUGGCAUAACGGUCUUGGCCAUUCUCAUCUCCAAGUUUCCAGACCCUUCACUCCUUGAGAACGCUCUCAGAAAGCUCCAAAAUGCUCAUCCAAUUCUCAGGUCCAAGCUUCAUUCCAACACUACUACUAGCACAACCAGAUUCUCCUUCAUCACAUCUCCUACUCCUUUGGACUUUAAAGUGAAAGCUUUCGAUCUCUCAUCAACUUUGAAGAUUCUUGAAAAUGUUAUCAACCCAAAAGGCCAAUCCAUCUCUCCUUUCCAGUUGAUCCUCGAACAUGAGCUUAACCUGCAAAACACAUGGCUUAUUAAUCACUCCAGUCAUAGUCAGAAUGUUUUUGUCGUCACCACAUAUGCACUGCCUAGUGAAAAGUGGGUGGUAGUUUUUAGGCUGCUUGCGGCCGCAUGUGACCAACCCUCAGCAAUUUCUCUCCUGAGGGAGUUGCUGGUAUUGGUGGGAAAUGAGGAGGGAGGAGGUAUACAAUUGGAAAAAGAGAACAAAGGGAUGAUUAGCUUGGGAAUUGAAGAUCUUAUUCCUAAAGGAAAGGCUAAGAAGACUUUGUGGCAACGUGGGAUGGACGUGCUUGGUUACUCGAUGAAUUCACUCACACUAACAAACUUGAAAUUCCAAGAUGCAAGAUCUCCAAGAUCUUCCCAGGUGGUGAGGUUACACCUGAACCAAGAUGACACUAAGAGGAUUAUUGCUGGUUGCAAGUCAAGAGGAAUAAAGCUAUGUGGGGUAUUGGGAGCAGCUGGACUGAUAGCAGCGCAGAGCCCAAAAGGCCAUAUCGAUAAACAGAGGAAGUAUGGAAUUUUGACUUUCAUUAAUAGCAGAUCCCUUCUUGAGCCACCUCUUUCUGAUCAUCAUUUUGGGUUUUACCAAUCUGUGAUACUAAACACACACGUAAUGAAAGGAGGAGAGAAGCUAUGGGAGCUUAGCAAGAAAGUGUACGUGGAAUUUGCAAGCUACAAGAACAGCAACAAGCACUUCACAGACAUGGCUGAUAUCAACUAUCUGAUGUGCAAGGUGAUUGAAAACCCUGGCUUGACACCUUCAUCUUCUCUCAGGACAUCAUUAUUGACUGUGUUUGAAGACACAGUGGUUGAAUACUCUAAUGAGAAGCACAAACAAAUAGGGCUAGAGGAUUACAUGGGUUGUGCAUCUAUUCACGGGAUUGGACCUUCCAUUGCUAUUUUUGACACCAUUAGGGAUGGAAAGUUGGAUUGUGUCUGUGUUUACCCUUCUCCACUGCAUUCAAGGGAUCAAAUCCAAGAAUUUGUUGAAGAAAUGAAGAACGUCCUCGUGGAUGGCUGCAACUAUGCUUAAGAAUUUACAACUAAAUGAUGCCCAGGCUAGUAGCUAAAAAUAAAAAAUUAUUGGAUUCAGCGUCAAGCUAUUAUAUGAAUUUGUUGCUGUUUCUUAGUUGGAGUGGUUUGUAGAGCUAUCUUAUUUUCUGUUA